AUGGUCGUUGCAUUGAGGUAUGUUAACAAAAAUGGUAAAGUGAAUGAGCGAGUUAUUGCUAUUGUUCGUGUUGCUGAUACAUCAGUAAAAAUGUUGAAGGAAAAAAAAUGCUCUUUGCUUAUAAGACACUCUUUAAGUACAUCUAAAAUUUUAGUACAAGGCUACGAUUGGGCUAGUAACAUGCAGGGAGAAAUGAAUGCUGUUGCCAAAAAAUAUUUGCUCGUAGAUGACUUUUUUGCUAUUAUUACUAAUGUGUUAAAUGUGCUUAGUAAUUGUUUUGAUGUUGUGAGUGAUAACUUGCUCCUUGGUAUGACAAGCUUGAAUCCAGCUAAUGUGUUUGCUAAUUUUGAUAAGGAAAAAAUAAUGAUAUUGGACAAGCAUUAUCCGGAUGAGUUUGGAAUUGGUGAUUUGGCAGAAGCAUUGGUUAAUGCAAAUCUUGUGGAGACUCAUUCUCUUAUGUACUUACUUGUGAAAUUGAUGUUGAUUUUACCAGUCGCUACUGCAACUAUAGAGAGAGCUUUUUCAUCCAUGAAGCAUAUCAAGAAUGAAUUGCGUAGCAGUAUUGGUGAUGCAUUUUAA